AGAUUAAGAAACUUGGUUGGUUCCGAAUUGAUUGGGUUGAGAUCAUCAGAGAUAAACACUACUGGGUUAAUGAAGUUGAUCAUUUUGAACAAUUUCAUCAAUGUCGAUGAUGUUGAUCCUGAAUUUGAACCAUUCCAAGUACAAAGAUUCAAUAUGAUUGUUAAUGAAAUUAAUAAAUGGUUAGAUUCUGAUGUUUCAUAUGAACCUGAGUUUGUCUUUGUUAGAUUACAGUUAUUGCAAAUGUUGACAAAUUUGAACAAUUUGAGUUUUGAAAAAAGUGAUAGUUUUAAUGAAUUAACUACCAGAGUCUUACAAGAUACUAUUGGUAUUGUUAGUAUUGGUGAAGGUGAAAAUAUUUUGGAAUUGAAAUAUCAAGCUUUGAAAUUAUAUUUGAUUUUGGAAAAACGUGAAUUAUUGGAGAAAGAUGUUAAAGAGGAUAUUCAAAAUGAAAUUUUGGAAAGUUUUGUUAAUGAUAAGACUACUAAAGUUAACCAACCUGUUUAUAUUUAUAGAGGGUUAUUGAAUAGAAUCUUGGGUAAGAUCUCUACAAAGCAAUUUGGGAAUCAUUAUGAAGAAUUGUUCACCAAAUUUCAAAAUUCAACUAACUUUGAAUUGAAAAGACCAUUAUUGAGUAUCAUUGAAAAGGUUAUUAUUGCAAGACAACAAGAUCUAGUCAUUGAAUUUGAAUUAUCUAAAGAAAAUGAUGAUACACCAUUCAAGAUUUCACAAAAUUUGAUUGAUAAUGUUUUAAGAGUUCCAGAUUUUGAUGAGGAUGAUUUGGAAGAAGAAAAGAAAUUGGUGAAUUAUUUAUGGAAUUGGGUUUUAAUCUUGUUAAAUUUCAAAGAUAUUACAUUGAAGCUACGUUCUAUUUAUAUCAAUCAAUUACAAUCAGAGAAUGAGGAAUUAAUUUCCAAGUUUUUAAACUUUAUUGCAUUAUUAAUCAAUUCAUUUGGUGAUGAUAAAGAGUUUUUGAGCAAGAUUGAACAAGAUCAUGAAAGUUUUAUUAAUUAUGAAUUUGAAAAUCAUAUUGAUGAUUUAGUUGUUGAAGUUAGAUUAUUGUCAAUCCAUUUAUAUUAUACCAUUUUGACAUCGAUUGGGUCAUUAUCUUCAAGUUGGUUCAAUGACAUCAAAGAUAGAAAUUUCAAAAAUAAAACUGAACAAUUCACAAGUAAAUUCAUUGCCCCAAGUUUGAUUCAAAAUAAAUUAAAUGACUUUGAAACCAAGAGUCCAAAAUUAACAAAAGAUCACGAGAAUUUGAAAAUCAAGAUCAAUAGAGUGACAAAUGAAAUCAAAUCAACAUAUUUAAUUGAUGAACAAUAUUUGGAACUUGUUUUCAAGAUUCCUUCAAAUUAUCCAUUGACAAACAUUGAAGUUUUAGGUCCACAAAGAGUUGGUGUUAAAGAGAAUCAAUGGAAGGCAUGGUUAUUAGCAUCACAACGUAUUAUUUCAUUACAAAAUGGUGAAGUUUUUGAAAGUUUAGAAUUCUUUUUGAAGAAUGUCACGUUCCAUUUCAAAGGAUUUGAAGAAUGUGCAAUUUGUUAUUCUAUUUUACAUCAAGAUAACUCUUUACCAUCCAAGACUUGUCCAACUUGUAAGAACAAGUUCCAUGCUGGUUGUUUGUACAAAUGGUUCAAAUCAAGUGGUGACCAUUCCUGUCCAUUAUGUCGUUCAGCAAUUAACUUUAGAUAG